AUGAAGAAGGGCCAGACGGUGCAGGGCACCUUCAGCAAGAUCUUCGGCAAGAAGCACGCCAGCCCCACCGCCUCCCUGUACGUCACCAACCCGCCCUGGAUCUUCACCCGCGAGGCCGCGGAGGAGGGGGCCCGGGACCUGGAUGGGAUCUACUAUGGAGACAAUCGGUUUGACACGGUGAGCGAGUCCGGAACAGCCACGCUGAAGGCCCGGCCCAGAGUCCGGCCCCUGCUGACCUUCCUUCCGCUGAAUGCCCAGGAGAACCAUGGCCUGGCAGUGCCCACCCCCUCUGUCCCAGAAGACUUUACGGACAAGGAAGUGACAGGUGCCAGCUCACUAGCCAAUGGCAACCUCCGACUGUACAGCUCUGUGGGCGACCUCAGGCCUGUGCACUAUGGCGAGGACCCACCCAUCCCCCCGCCUCCCCCCGGCCCCGCCCCAAGGCCACCUCCAGGACCUGCCCUGGACACUAAGCCACCUCCGGGGCAGUCCCUGCCGCCACCGCCGCCUCCCUUGCCACCUGCCCUGCUGGUGGAGCCCCCACCGCCACCCAGCAUGGCCCCUCCCCCACCCCCAGUAUCAGGGGCCCUGUCCACCCCCACCACACCCACCCCUCCCGAUUUCAUUCCCCCUGCCCCGCCCUUGGCCUUUGUAGCCCCACCCCCGCCCCCUAUGCCGGCCCCAGCACCCCCAGCCCCAGUGUCUCCUCACACUCCGAGGACUCACCUCUCCCCCCCGGCGGGGGUCACCAAAUGGAAAUCAGAGGUCAUGCUGAAUGGCAAGCAGCCAGAGGCCCCCCGGACCAGCCCCCCCAGGAGCCCUGCUGAGCCAAAGGGGAGCCCCCUGGGGCCUAAGCCGGAGCCCCACCUCACCUUCCCCCGGUCAUUCAAGGUGCCUCCCCCAACCCCGGUCAGGACCUCGUCCAUCCCAGUGCAGGAGGCACACGGGGCUCCUGCAGAGGGAGAAGGGGCCGCCCCGAAGGCCCCCAGUCGAAUGCCCCUGCCCCCCAGCUUCCACAUCCGCCCCGCCUCCCAGGUCUACCCAGAUAGGGCCCCCGAACCAGACCGCCCCGGGGAGCUUCGGACCGAGGCCCCUGCCAGCCCCGGGCUGAGCCAGCCCCAGGCCAGGACCAGUGGACACGCUGAGACCCCACCCCCAGCCUCUCCCCUGCCCCGCCCCACACCCCAGCUCCCUCCCCCGGCACCCCCGCUCCCUCCCCCGGCACCCCCGCUCCCCCCGCCGGCCCCUCCUUUGCCUUCUGCCGAGAAGUCAACCCCUCCACCUGCUAGGUUUAUGAAAAGCCCCAAACCCAGCUCUCCUGCUCCCAAACCCAAACCCAACCCCCCCAGCCCGGAGGACACGGCCUCUGCAGAGCCCGUGGACUGGCGGGACCCCGCCCAGAUGGCCAAGCUGCGGAGCGAGCUGGCGGCCUACCUCUUCGGCUCCAAGAGAGAGGACCGAGGCCCCGGCCACCGGCCCGGCCCGACCGCAGCCUCUCCGGCCAAGGAGGGCAGGAAGGGCCCCGGCCUGCCGGAGAAGGAGGCCCCCCCAGGGCACCCCGAGAAGAGUCCCUGCCCGGAGAGAGAGGCCCCCGCCAGCCUGCCCCUGCCCCCCGCCGACUACACCCCCCGGGACUCCCCGGCGCUCAGCGUCCAGCAGAUCCGCAGCGAGCUGGAGGCGCGGCUGUCCGCGUCGGCCGAGAGGGAGCCCCAGCCCAGUGCGGGGUCUCUGCCUCCGAAGCCACGGUUGGAAGCGGGGAGAGUCUUUGAACACAGAGCUGCCAACGGCCAGAUCGCCAAGCCCGUGGCCAAGAACGGGCUGCCCCGCCCCGCCGCCCCCGCCCAGCCAGCCGCCCCGCACCAGCCCACGGCCGCGCCGGGGCCGGCCACGCCACCCAAGGCCACACCUGAUGCAGCCACGAGCGGGCCAGCCACGCCAGCCACAGCCACAGCCCUGCCCGCCACGCCAUUCCCAGGGACAGAGAAGAAACCGGUCCCCGCUGAGCAGAGAAAGAAGCCAGAACCCCAAGAAUCUGCAGCGCCUUCCCAGCCGGAGGCAGGAGAAGGGCGUCCCUCCGAGGCCAGGAAGCCUCCCUCACAGGGCGCCCUCUCCCCUCCGGCCCUCCCACCAAAGCUGUCCCCGGGGAGGGGAGAGGUGACCGGUCUCUACAAACCCCACCGCGGCCACAGCGGCAGCCAGAGCAGCCCCAGCCGCGAGGUGGCCGUGGUGAUGCCCACCGUGGCCCGAGGAGGGGCUGUGGAGGUGGGGGAGCCCCGCGGGCUGCCAGACAAAGCCCCGGCCCCCGCCCCGCCUGCAGAGGAGCCCCUCAGGCACCCGGUGACCGGGGAGCUGGUGGAGAAGGGCUCCCCGAUGGCCCUGCUCCUCGCGGCCAGGCAGAGGGCACAGAAGGGGCGAGCUCGAGGGGCCGGCCCGGGCCGCACCUCCCUGCCCGGGAGCCUCCGAGGGCAGCCCCAGGCGGGCUCCGACAGCAUCUUCCUCCGGGGGCCCCAGCCCAACUCCUUCACCGUGGUCCCCAGGCCGCCCUCGGAGCCCGAGAGGGAGCCCCAGCCCCGCCCGUGGAGGACCCAGCCAGGCAGAGGCCUGGAGGACACGGAGCCUGGCCGAGGGCACGGCUGGACCAAGGCGGAGCCCCAGGCCUGGGACCGAUCAGCAUCCUCCCGCCUCCCCCAGGGCCGCCCGCCGCCCAGGUCCUUCUCGUCUCCGUCCUCCCCUUCCCGCCAGCGGGAGGAGGAGGGCGAGUUCAGCUUCGAGGUCAUCCCGCCGCCGCCCGAGUUCAGCAACGACCCCGAGCCUCAGCCUCGAGCCCUCCCGCACCCGGGCCGCCGGGCCUCCCCGCCCCGGAGCCGGUUCCCGGACUCGGGGCGGCCCCUGGACGCGCGCUUCCCGGCGGCGGCGGGCGAGCCCUCCCCGGGGGCCGGGGGCCUGCAGCGCUUCUCGGGCGGCGGCCGCUCGCUCAUCAAGAAGCGCCUGUACGUCGGGGAGCCCCCCCGCAGCCACGCGCCGUCCCGCGGCGGCUCGGGCCGCAGCCUGAGCUCCCCCAACUGCUUCGGGCCGCAGCCCGGAGGGCCCUUCGGGGCGCCCGGCGGCCCCGAGAUGCGGCGCGUCAACUCGGCGGGCCGCGCGCCCCCUGGCGGCUUGCGCGCGCGGAGGAUGUCGCUGGAGGGCUCAGCCCGCGGGGAGGCCAAGUUCAAGGCGGCCGGCCCGGCGGUGCCCAGCGCCGGCGACCUGGUUCUCGCUGCUGCUGCUGCGGGCAGGUCUCCCCGCUAUGGAAGCCCCGUCAACACGUUCACCGUGCGGCCGGGGACCCGCCAUCCCAUCUCCUACGCCUACUCAGGGGCCCAUCGGAACGCCCUGUCCUGAGCCCGGGCCUGGCAGCUCUCCUCCUAGGGGUCGAUCCGGGCGCUGGUUUCUGUGGGGGUGGGAGGGACGCGGUCAGACUCAGACACAGGAGCCUUUGUUCUCAGAAGACAGAGAUGGACAAGACAGAGAGACGGACAGCCAGCAAGAAGCAGUGGGCUUCUAUUUCCCAGGGAGCUGUGGACUGCCCGCGAUGGGGGGAGGGGAGGAGGGAGGAGAGGAGGCGGCUCCCAGGGCCUGGAGCCUGGUCUGCUAUCUGGUACUAUCUGCCUUAAGUAGGCCCAUUUAAAGCAGUUUUACAAGCAUGGCCUACUGAGCAGGUUCUAAAAACAAGGGGCGGGGCAUUACACCUGAGCGGGACCUGGGCCUGGGGUGGCUGUGAUUGCCUGUCAGGCCCUCAUGAAGGGCUUGGUGGGGGUGGGGUGGGUCCAGGGGACCACAGGCUGCUCUCUCCAGCCUCCAUCCGUUGCCACCCCAAGAGCUGAGUCCUGGGGGCCAUAGCAUAGAAGGUGGGACUGGAAUGUGCCUACAUGGAGCUGGCACCAGGCAGUGCUUUACAGCGAUCGGCCCAGGGCAGGGUCAUGGGAACUGAUGGUUUGUCUCUCUCUCUGGCCUGGCCGUUAGCUACAGGGAGUCCUACAGGAAGAAGCCUUGGCGAGUUCGGGUGGGAGACAGAGAAUGAGGCUGGCUUUUCUACUUGGACCCAGGCAGCUGGGAUUUGGAGAUUGGACUCCAGGAGCCAGAAGGCCUGGGAUCAUCUCCACAGUCCUGCCAGGGGUUUGGAGGGGGCAUCAUUCCCAGCUCCUCCCAGCCCGGGUACUACGGGUCUUCACAGGUGUCGCCACGAUGCUGUGAGGUCUUGGAGAGUGGGGGGUGGCAGAGGAAGGAGAUGAGAGCUGAGAGAUCGUUGCCAACACGCAUGUUUCGGAAAGUCAGGAGUGGUGGGCUGGGCCAGUCCAGAGCAGGGGCCCAGCGGUAGGGUGGCCGUGCCUCCUUCCCCGGAGCAGUCCUGGCGUAUGCCUGGUUUCCGGUGAAUCAGACCCUUCUUUCCGCUCUCCCAGAAGUCCUGGUUCGGAAGCAGCGCUCCUCGGUCUGCCUUCCCUGCCUUCAGGGCUUGGGGGGCCGAAUUCCUGGGACCGGCCGAGGCAGGCUGCCUGUGAGGUGCAGGGGCCCACCUCAGAGGGGCAAGCCUGGAGGGGGCAGCAAGGAAGCGGUUCCCUUUGGGGCAAGAUGGUGGACCUCUGGUUUGUGGGGACCUGCCGAGGUGCCAGCUCUGGGGACAGCAGUGAGCCACUUCAGGGAGAGGGCAGGCACCCUAACGGGGCAGGCGCUUGUGUUCAAGAAGCGAACCCCACCCCAGCGCUGUCACUGGCUCUGAGUGUGUGUAUGUAUGUACGUAUGUAUGUAUGUAUUUCCCCUGUACAUGUUUAUAAUGAGCCCCUAAUUUAUCUGCGGUGUUAAGGCUGGAGGGGUGGGGCGUGGGCUCCCAGCUUGCUCUGGGUGGGGGGGAAGGACAGGCUCUCACGUGGCCUGAGGAACACACAGGCCGGCUGGGCCUGGCCGCCAGCUUGGUGGCUGCAGAUGGGGGACUCGGAGCUGCGGGGCGCGGGGAGAGGCUGGGGGAGCUCGGUGGGGAAGGCUGGCCUGACUGGGGGCCAUCCCGCUGGACCCAAACCUUCUCUCUGACCCUUGGGUUCUCUUGUUCUACGGAUCCCUCAGGGAGCGGAGCAGAGCUGAAGUCUGGCGGGAACCACCCGUGUCCUUCAGCCAGUCUCUGGCUCUCUGAGCCGUGCACCAGGCAUGGCCAUGAUUCCUACCUCAUAAGGCUGCUGUGAAGACCGAGACAGGCCUGAGUUCAUGAGACAAGUACUUGCGUGGCCACCAGGGGGCGGGCCCUGUGCCUCGCGUGGGGGUACAGUGGUCAGUGCACUGACUCCUGCCCAUGGCCAGGUUGUAGCCGAGUGGAGGGGAGAGGGAUGGAGGGAGCAGGCACAGGAAGGUGAGAGUAACCGGAAGGCGAGGGAGCGGGUGGAUUUAGUCUGACCCGGGAGUCGGAGGAGGCCUGGAAAGUGGCGACAUUUAUGCCAAGUUAGGCAGAGCCUCCAGCACCGGCCUGGCACAUGGUAGCUGCUCAAUAAACUGCAUCUUUGGGUGAUGACUGCUUCA